UAGCGGAAGUCCCUCCAGCCGCGGUGUUGUGCUGUGGGGAAGAGAGACGGAUUUGUAAACCCCGGAGCGAGGUUCUGCCUACCCGAGGCCGCUGCUGUGCGGAGACCCUGGGUGAAGCCACCGUCACCAUGUCUGACCAGGAGGCAAAACCUUCAACUGAAGACUUGGGGGAUAAGAAGGAAGGAGAAUACAUUAAACUCAAAGUCAUUGGACAGGAUAGCAGUGAGAUUCACUUCAAAGUGAAAAUGACAACACAUCUCAAGAAACUCAAAGAAUCAUACUGUCAAAGACAGGGAGUUCCAAUGAAUUCACUCAGGUUUCUCUUUGAAGGUCAGAGAAUUGCUGAUAAUCACACUCCAAAAGAACUGGGAAUGGAGGAAGAAGAUGUGAUUGAAGUUUAUCAGGAACAAACAGGGGGUCAUUCAACGAUUUAGAUAUUCUUUUUAUUUUUUUUCUUUACCCUCAAUCCUUUUUUAUUUUUAAAAAUAGUUCUUUUGUAAUGUGGUGUUCAAAACGGAAAUGAAAACUGGCACCCCAUCUCUUUAAAACAUCUGGUAAUUUGAAUUCUAGUGCCCAUUAUUCAUUAUCACUUGUUUUCAUUGUGCUGAUUUUUGGUGAUCAAACCUCAGCCCCCUUCAUGUCACCCUCUCCUUUUUAAAAAAAUUACAUGUGUGCACAGAGAGGCCACCACCUUUUCCAGGACUGUGCAUUUUCAGGCUUGUGAUAAAUAAGAUCGACCAAUGCGAGUGUUCAUAAUGACUUUCCAUUUGGCCCUGAAGUUCUAGUAUGUGAUUGCUUCACUCCUGGACUAUGACUUUCAGUGGGAGAUGGAAGUUUUUCAGAGAACUGAACUGUGGAAAAAUGACUUUUCCUUAACUUGAAGCUUCUUUUAAAAUUUGAGGGUCUGGACCAAAAGAAGAGAAAUAGCAGGCUGGAGUCGAGAUGACAGAGAUCGUGAGAGUAAUGACUAACUCCAAAGAUGGCUUCACUGAAGAGAAAGCAUUUUAAGAUAAAAGAAAAGUCUUGUCAGAAGAUCCCAGAAAAGUUCUAAUUUUCAUUAGCAGUUAAUAAAGUUAUUCAUGCAGAAGUGUAUUCAACAGAACACUGCUCUUUUUGAUUUUAUUUGUACUUUUUGGCCUGGGAUAUGGGUUUUAAAUGGACAUUGUCUGUACCAGCUUCAUUAAAAUAAACAAAAUAUUUGUAAAAACCGUA